CUUUCACGUGCAUGAUCUCCGCUGUGUCCGACUCUCUUGCUGCUUACCGCUCUCUCGCACAUUCAGCUCCUCUCUCCUCCCACACCACUACAGUCCCGGAAAUCACCAUGAACUGUCACCCAACCACUGGGUGACACAUCGACGCGCUAUCGAGGGAAGUUUACACAAGUGCAGGGCGUUAGAUCUUGGUUUGGGAAUACUGUAGCUACAUCUUUUCCAUAUACUACUCGUCCCUCGACAGCAUCGAUGAACAAGUUUUCGCACGACUCUGUGUAUCCCUACCAGCGCACUCGACGUUCCCACAAUCCCGGCAUUUGUUGCGACACGACUUCACACCUCGACUCCCCUUCCCCGGACAUUCGGAGAUACCGCAUUUACAACACGUCCGUCCCCGCCGCGCUUUCUUGACCGGCGGCUCUCUCUCUGACAACGCGUCUUCUACGCGGCGCUUGGCAACACCUCGGAUCCGUUCGUCAUGAGUUUGGGAUGGGCCGGCGAUGGGAGUCGGCGGAUUCGGGGUCUCCGAAGCUGGAGGAUGCGACAUCGACUCGUUUCCGGUCGACAUCGACUGGUUUCCACUCGACAUGUCAGGUUGUACCGCGGACGAAGUUGUUGGCAGCGGCUGUGACUCGGACGUCACCGCUGCAGGGUCUUGGGUUUCCGGGUCGAAGGAGAGGAGACCAUCGAGAACGGAAUGCGGUUUGAGGGUUGUUUGAGGGACUGUUGGUGCCAUGCGCAUUCUUUCCUCGUCGUGGAUCGUUUCGAGAAGGGGUUUCCGCACAGCGGCUGAUACCGCCUUAGUCUGGAUGAUGUUGCUAUUGGUCUUCCAGGGGCCGUUAUAAUACACCUUGAGAUGUUCCGGAAGCUACGCGAGACUGUCAGCAUCAGUAUCGGCAUCGAACAUCAGACGUGCCUUGUAAAACACAUCCUUCUCAGUUUCAGCGCGCCCGUUCCAAAUCUUGGCUGCCUUCGCUGCCUGGUUAUCAGACGAAAGAUUGCCAAACGUCUCGGGGAAAGCAGCCAUCAGAUCACGAAAGAGUGUCUUCUCGAUGUCGUUGUGAAUUGGAGUGACAGCUUUGCGAGUGCCUUGAAGCGACGCGAGGUGGUGAUGGAGACGUUUUGCAUCGAGGGCUGCUUCAUAUGGAGCCAUUCCUGCACUGGUGCGGACAUCCUCAGGGAUCGGGAGAACACCUGUGACUUCUGUUGCUCUUUCGUACAAGUUUCCGUUGACCCAAUUGGGAAGUAGAAGCGAGGAGGCGUUCUCGAUGCGAUCUUCGAGGUACAUGAGCAGUCCUUGAAUCUCGUUUGUCAGCCAUAUACUGUAGUGUCCCGUAUAGGCUCGGC